GCCAUCUGCUUUCUCGUCCUUCUCCAAUCUCCGUGUUGUUGUUCCCGGUGACGCGGCGGAGGUGUAGCCUGACGCGGGCUCUUACGUGUCGGCCAGAAUAAAAGUGGAGCUCCGGAGGCCCGGGAGUGACGAAGGGAGUCUGUAUCGCUUAGCCGAUGAAGAUGGAGUCAGUGGAGGUUCAGCAGGGAGUGGAGGCUGCUGUGACUGAGGCGGAGACCCAUCAGAUCGCCCAGGCACAGAUCGCUACUCUGGCACAGGUAACCAUGACAACAGGCCAUGCCUCAGCAACAGGUCCCACAGUAACACUCGUACAGCUUCCCAACGGACAGACGGUUCAGGUCCACGGUGUGAUCCAGGCUGCACAGCCAUCUGUUAUCCAGUCCCCACAGGUCCAGGCUGUACAGAUCUCCACCAUAGCAGAGAGUGAGGAUUCACAGGAGUCAGUGGACAGUGUGACUGACUCCCAGAAGCGCAGAGAGAUUCUGUCACGACGCCCCUCAUACAGGAAAAUCCUGAAUGAUCUCUCGUCCGACGCACCUGCUGUCCCUCGUAUCGAGGAGGAAAAGGCUGAGGAGGAUUCAUCUGCCGCUGCUGCAGCUGCCACACCUUCGAUCACCACAGUGACUGUGCCCACGCCCAUCUACCAGACCAGCAGCGGCCAAUACAUUGCAAUCACACAGGGUGGGGCCAUUCAGCUGGCUAACAAUGGUACAGAUGGAGUCCAGGGCCUUCAGACUCUGACCAUGACAAAUGCAGCAGCCACCGCCCAGCCCGGAGCCACCAUACUCCAGUACGCACAGACCAGUGACGGCCAGCAGAUACUGGUUCCCAGUAACCAGGUGGUGGUGCAAGCCGCCUCCGGUGACGUCCAGGCUUAUCAGAUCCGAGCAGCCCCCGCCAGCACCAUCGCCCCAGGGGUGGUCAUGGCCUCAUCCCCUGCCCUCCCCACCCAGGGCGCUACUGAGGAGGUCACCCGCAAACGGGAAGUCCGCCUCAUGAAGAACAGAGAGGCAGCUCGCGAAUGUCGCAGGAAGAAGAAGGAGUAUGUUAAGUGUCUGGAGAACCGAGUCGCCGUCCUGGAGAACCAAAACAAGACGCUAAUCGAAGAACUGAAAGCCCUUAAAGACCUUUACUGCCAUAAAUCUGAGUAGCUGUGUCCUGAACAGCGAGCUGGGCCAAGUAGCAUUUCAGUUCUCUUCAAAUACUCAGACUGUUUCAGCCUGCCUGGCCUUCCAGUUUGCACACAGCUGGUUCAGCCUAAUCCAGUUCUGCUUACACUACGUUAUCUUCAGUAACAAUGAAUUUAAAACACACUAAACCUUUCCCGUAUCAGAACAUUAAAACCCGUGCGUACUGUCAUCCAGGUCUGAUGUUAGACAAGUGCCAACUGAAACUUUAAGUCUAAAACAGAAGCUGCGAUCCCGAGCCUGCGUCUUAUUGUCGUAGAUUUGGCUUAUACCCAAAUAAGUUAGUGUAAUGCUGUACUCAUCACGGUCAUUGUAGGGAUGCUUCACUGGAAAAUGUUUGACCACAGACUGCAAUGAGGCUGAGGAAAUGCUGUUCUCCCUGAGGUUCUAUCAACCAUCUACAUGGCCUCUGUUUGUUGUCCUAGCCAGAGUACAACAAACAAAAUGGUGCACAACCUUCUGAUGCAAAUGGUUCAUACUGUUUUUACUGGGGUACAAACUUUUGUCAGCUCUGCUCAGACCUCAAGUGUUGUUUUUAAGGUGUUGAAAAUCAGUCUGAAGCAUGUAAUUAAUUGGCCUUGUUGGACUCCAGUCAAGCAUUUGGGUAAGCAAUAAUGCCCAACAAGUUGUUCUUGAAGCCACUGUUGCUAUGGUUACCUGCAGUUAUGAUUAAGGCGUCCUUGUAUGUGAUUUCAUGGACAGCUUCCAGUUAUUCAUGGAUGAAUAUGUCCUGUUGCAGUGGUGAAACUUUACUUUGACGGUGGUGAGUGGCCAAAAUUAUGACAACAAGACCCAGCUUGUAAAAAAAUGCAGUGAUUAUGAAGUCUAUUUAUUGCAUUGAAAGUAUGUUCAGAACAUACUUUAUCCUAAAAACAUUUGUGGACUUAAGAUUGGGACACUUCCAUAUCAGACAAGCUCAGUCAGUUGCAGUUAAAGGCUUUGAAUGAAUUAUGAAUCUCUACUUGAUCCACAUGAUGUGAACCAACUUUUCAAAUAUAUGGCUUCUUGUAUAGCGGACUCUACAACUGAUUGGGCACAAACAUGUCAUUUUUUAAGGGUUUUUAAAGAUGCUUCCAACUGCCGAUCUUUUAGGAAGUGGAGCUGUGUGUGUAAGCAGACAGUAGAUUGUUUUUAAGUUAGUCUCCUGCACAAGAGAUGUUGUUAAAAUGAGAUCAUUAGCAAGCUGAAGCACAGUUUAAAAGAAAGAUUAUUGUUUUUACAACCUGCGGUCACAUCCUUAUAGUUUUGGCCAACAUUUCUAUUAGUUAUGCAAACAUUUUACACACUAGCCAAAGUCCAGUGGGGCAGCAACGCAAAGGGCCGUGUUAUCGACAUCACAUUAUUUGGAAGUGAAAUGAUCACCUAACCUGGUUGUGUAUAAAGCCUCGUUUCCACCAAACGCUUUCGGUAUGGUACCUUUGGAACCAACAGUAACCCUUCAGACAUGGUACCUAGACCCUAGUGAUUCCACCGCAAACAGUACCCUUAAAUGUGGGUGGGGAUGUAAAACAGGCUGCAGUGAGAGUCUCUCUCCAUGGGAUAUUUAUAUAGUGGGUUUGUGGAUUUAGUCCUGUUCCGGCAAGUGCAGGGGUUUAGUGUUGCUGGAGCCCACAGGAACGACGCUCCACAAUGAUUUUUUUUCUCCAAGUGAGGAUUAGAAUAUAUGCAGUUCACAUAACCUGGUCGGAAUUAAUAUAUAUAAACGCUUGAAGAUCCACUUAUUACUAAAAGUCUGUGCCAUCCAAGAGAGACACUGAAACUAAGGGAAUAGUCUAAGUUGUCACAGUGAAAUUUAAGGUGUGCUGAUGGAUUCUCAUCAUCAGCUUAUGCAUUGAGUGACAGUACAAGUUAACGUUCCACCUUAAAAGUUGCCGGCAGUCGGCCCAGUGAAUGAAGUUAUUUUUUCUCAGACUCCAGCUGCUGUGAGAGGCAGCAAAACAUCCUUUCAUUUUAUAGUUACAGUUUACUAAUAAAACUCUCCACAGUAUGAACAGUGGUUACAUGAGCCUCAAAACCAGACACAACUCAGCCCUGAGCAGAGUGACCGUCCUCUACUGACCAAUCAGACUGCAGUGUUCACAGCUCUACCUUUUAGUACCAGAUCUGUGUUCUAGGUACCCCAACAGAGGGGGGACCAAACAUGGGGACGGUACGGAACGGUUCCAUUGGUACCAUCCACAACUUCUCACAGUGGAAACAGGGCUAAAAAAAGAAAAGAAGAAAAGACAAAAAACUUUGCAGAACUUCUUAGUGGUCCAGCUUUGACUUAGUUCUGUAGACAGGUAGUUUUUCAAAGCAGAGCUCAUUCAGAUUAGUUCUUGGGUUGGAUAAUUGGGCUCACUGUGUCACCAGUUAUGAGUGGGUAAAAUAUUGGUUCAUAAGAGAUCAGUGUGAUGUGUGAGUUAAAAAGAAGUUCCAGGUUGUACAAAAAUGUACAUUUAUUGAGCUAAUUUAACACCAGAGACUUAGAUGUUUUCCAAACCCAGCUAGCGAUAAAUUCGAGGUCACAGAUCAUCUCAUUGUGCCACUGUAAACGUUUGUAGUCCAAAAAAAAAGAGAACAAGACCACCAUGAUCAAAGUUAUCAUUUUCCCAUUACAUGUUAUUUUUAAGUGUUCAAUAAUAAUAUUGUCUGUUUUGCAAAGUCUUUUCAACGGAGGUAAAAUAUGGAUUACGACAAUGUGUGAGCCAUUUUUAAAUGUGUAGCAGAUUCUUUGUGAUAUAGGCUACAACUACAUGAGUUUAACACUAAUAAUCCAUGACGACGUGCGUUCUGUUGAAAAGAGAUCACUUUUGUGGGACUGUGCGUGGUUUUUGAGAAGAUACAUGUGCGUAUUUGUGUGUUUAUUUUUUUAUAUUCCUGUACAUAGACUCUACAGCAUGUGUAGACCACCAUGUAUUUCUGUUUAUUUGAUAUGAAAAAUGUUCUUAUGGCUUGUAUAAAACCGACUUUGCAUAUUUGUAACAUACAUCGAUGUAUAAUAGGAGACAAUGUAUGUGUGUAUUCAUGUAAUCCACCAGGCCUACCACCGUCAUGGCAGCUAAGUGUAUGAGAAAAGGCCUUUGUUGGAGAUGUUAUAUUUCGGAGUGCUGUACUCUGUGUAGGAUGUUUGUAGAGAAGAGCGAGUCUGUUUCAAGCAGUCGAGGUCCACAACAUGUACCAUUAAUAACUGACUGUUUUGUUUAUUUGGAAACUGCACAUCAGAACCCUCGGUGGCUUCAAACUCGGCCGCACAAGUUCUUAACUGUAAAUGUAUUUUUAUCUCAUUGAUUUUCGCAGAAAUGGCUCCAUCAAUAACUGUUUUUAUACCUUCCAGUUCAUCAAACGAAAGCACAACUUUUUUUCCACUGGAGCCCUUUUUAUGUUUUUUUUUUAAAUUGUAUUUUGCAUUUAUUUUACUACAAAUUUACAUUAGAUUUUAAUUUCAGAUUAACUCAGUUGAUCCUCAACCACAGUAUUUGCUCAGUUCAACUGGAAGUAACCUGAAUCUUCUGUAAACGAAUAUAUUUGACAUUUUUGGGGUAUAAGAUACUCUGAGAUUUUGUCAUGGAAACUCCAAAGUUUAAUGCUUUCUCCAGCUCACUGCUGAACUUGUUAUGAGCAUACUCAUAGAGCUGGAGUUAUAUCCUGGUAGCUUCUGUUACUUAACUCAAGGUCCUUUUCGAGUGCUGCAGGAAUGAGUCCUAAUACUUGGAAAUGAGUUAGCAUUUUAGCACUUCAGGUUCCCUCGUCUUGAAGUUGAUGGCUUUUUUUAAUGGGUUUUUGGUAUGAUGCGCGGAUUAAUGUCUGUGUUUAACACAAGCUUAAGUAGAUGUUCUGUGAAUCCUUAAAAAGUCUCAAAAGCAUUGAAUUAUUAAUCAAAAAAUAAGGCCUAAAUUUAUGUAAGUGUCUUAAAUCAAUCUAUCAAAAGUCUUAAAGAUUUUUAGAUGUGGGAGGCAGGAUUUUUUUGUUUGGCAUAGUAUGUAAAAUGUCACAAAUAAUUGAUCACAUCUUUACAGAGUGCCUCUCGCAAUAACGUCAUGCUGAUCAGGAUAGCCAAGUGACAUGGGGAAGUGCAAAUUCAACGAAAAGUUUACCAAGAUAUUGUGGCAUGAUUGAAACCUGUACAACACAAUGCGUACAUAGCUCAGUGUAUUUUACGCAAAAAGUUUUUGAAAGUUAGUAUGAUGGGAAUUCAGGAAAUGGAAAGCUUACACGCAGAGCGAGAAACACAAAAUCGCCCCAAACAUUUGGGCCAAAUUAUCCAUAACACUAAGUAAUUGAUGUCAAGCCAUGUUGUCUUAAAUUGGUCUUAAAUUUUAUUCUGAGUGUCAUUAAAAAGUCUUGAAAACUCUUAAAUCUAACUUCCCUUUAACUGUAGGAACCAUUAAGAAAUGUUCCUGCUUUGUUCUAUGACAUAGAAUGUGUCAGUAAAUGUCCCACUUGUGAAUUUUGAAGCUUUUACAUAUCUUAAAAAAGGCAGUUACUAACAAGUGGCUACAUGAGGCUACAGAGGUCAUUGCCGAACACGGCUUUACAUCCUUGUUGUGGUGGUAACACCAGUCACGUGACUGUGGUAUAGUUUGUUUUUAGACUAACAUUAGCUUUUUCUUGUUGGUGAGGGAACCAGCGCUACGCUAACCAGGUCGGCUUACAAAAAAACCACUACAGCUUUUUCCAAAGCUCAGUUGUCAGCACAUGACAAAGUAUGGGUGGUCUUUGGUUCGUUUGGUUGAAAGCUAGUAAGAGGACCUUGAGUUAACAUUAUUUUGAUGAUAAAUCUACUUCUGUAUUUCACAGAUAAGUUUAAAAAUCAAGAGGUUCGAGGAAACUUUGGGGCCACUAACACUCGCUCUAACAAUUAGUGUGUUCCCUAAAAUGUGUUUUGUUUUUUUUUGUAUUACUUUUUAAAAGAUCAUCAGUUCAUGGUAGCUCUGCCAGUUUUUAUUUUUCUAGUUUCAAACAUUUUUGAUAUUGUACAGUAUGUAUUUGUAAUAUAUAGAGGAUUAAAGGGUUAAAUCAGCUUAAGAGAUCACACAGCAUUUCAUAUUUGGAGUAAUUCAGAAGGGUUUGUGCGAAUCAUCUCGUUCUGGCCCUCAACACAUCGGCAUGUGCUGCAGCCACACGUGUCACCAAACCUUUGGCCUCGCUGAUUGUAAAGUCAAUUUCAGAGCAGAGGAAACAGUAAAUUUGACAGAAUCACUAUUAAGGAAUAACAGAGUAAUCAGUGCGAGGGGUUAAAUAUGUGUGUGGGGCGGGGUAGCACUUAAAACUUUUAGAUACCGGUGCCAUUAUGAUACCUGAGUUACUUAGAUGAAAACUUUUGUAAGUGUAUCUUGUAAUUCACACAUCCAGUGCUGGUGCUGAAAAAAAAAUCUUUUCUGUUGAUUUGAUAUAGUGAGCUCAACUUUGUCGUGCAAUUAUACAAUAUCUUUACCAAUGAAACCAAAAGUGUUUUUUCAUUUCUGUGCCAGAACGGUUUUAAACCCACGGGCCUCACUCGUGCAUGAAACAGGUUGAUAUCCAUGUGUGUAAAAGUAUAUAUAGAGAGAAUUUCUAGAACAGUAAUAAUAACAUUUUUUCUAACUUUUAAUGUGAUCCGUUUAUAUAUUGCCACUUUUACAAGUUAUCGAUUUAAAAUGCCAUGUAUUGUAAAGUAUCUUGUAGAGACAAGGUCACCAAAUGAUGCAUUAUAUACUGUUUGUUUUUAACAUUGUCACAUUAUGAAACUAUACCAGCCCAUUAUUUGAAAGUGCUGUUACUCUGACAUUACAUCACUCUUUUGUAAACACUUGCUAUGUCGCAAUA